GUUAGGGAGGGAGAGGGCGAGACUUGUUUAGUGAUGAAAGCCAAUAGAAAGUCUGCUGGGUGAUAAUAUCCACAUGAGGGAGAUGGAGAGGAGCCAGAACACAGAGAGAGAGACCCUAACCACAGGAACUCAGGCUGUCCAUGGGCAUCCAUACAGCUACCUCACCAGGACCCCGAAGAGAGUCGCGGACUGACCAGGGUAGAGACCAGCGAACAAACCACCAAAAAAAAGCUCAGCAUAGAAACCAUGAUCUGACAGAAGAGCUGAAAAACCUUCAAACUGACCACCAAAACAGAGGAGCCAACCAAUGAGUGACCAACGAAUAGACCACCUCAACCCCUGACCUCUGUCUCUACUGGAAUACUUACCUAACCCUAACGCAGAGACAGACCGGGACACAGAGAGAGAGAGAGAGAGGACGCUUUGGACACCUGAAACAAGAGGAUGUACAGACAGUUUGUUCUGUCAAUCCUGCUUGCAGGCGUCCUGUGCCUGGUGGGCGGCGACACCCGCAAGACCCGCCUCCAAGGCUCCAUCCCCAACCCUUUCAAAGGGAACGGCAACACCUCUGACAAACGCACCCGUAAACAGGAAAUACUUGCCUCCAGCCAGGAAGCGCUGGUCGUCACAGAGAGGAAGUACCUGAAGAGUGACUGGUGCAAGACCCAGCCGCUGCGUCAGACGGUGAGCGAGGAGGGCUGUCUCAGUCGUACAGUCAUCAACAGGUUCUGCUACGGACAGUGUAACUCCUUCUAUAUCCCACGACACGUUAAGACGGAGCAGGAGUCCUUCCGGUCCUGUGCUUUCUGCCGGCCGCAGCGUUUCACCACACUGACCGUAGAGCUGCACUGUCCCGACCUCCAGCCGCCCUUCAGGCACCGCAAGAUCCAGAGAGUCAAACAGUGUCGCUGUAUAUCGGUCUCCGUCGGUGACUCUGGGAAGCGGUGAUACUCGUCUCCCUCCUGCUUCUCUCUCUCUCUUUUAUCAUCUUAGACAAUCCCUAGAUACUGUCCAGAUAUUCCGCUCACCUCACAGGAGACAGUUUGUACAAGACUGGAGUACAUGGAGGGUCAGGACAUGCAUUUUUACUGACGGCACAUAGAAUGAAUACAUAAAAGCUGAAGGGGCCCACUCUCUUUAGAAGUACUGAGCAUGACGGAUGUUUCUAUGGAGCAGCUCUGUGUUGAUCAUACCAAGCACUCUAUAUGAGACAAACUGACAUUUCUACAAUCCAGACCGAUUAAACCCAUGACUAUAUACACUCUGUUGUUCAAAGAUGGUGGAUAAAUGAAGAUGUCUUACUCAGGCGGGUUUACCGUUUAAAACAAAAAAUGGUCACAAUUCCAGACUGCUUAAGGAAGUGCCUUUCCAAUAGACAACAAUGUGAUAGCAGCUGGGUCUGGUCUACUUAGUUCAUUGACUGUAUAUGAACCCUGGGGGAAAAAAGCAGAGUGAGAUAUCUCACUUCCUCUACCGUCUCUGCAGAAGCAUACUUACCUGGACCACAGGUCUCCUCAGCCUGUCGGAGAGGGGGCGGGGUCAUAUUCAAAUGGGAGGAAACUGACUGAAACAAAAAGGGACUUGUCCAAUACAAAAUGUGUUUCUAAUGUGUGCCCUAAUGGAUAUGACCAUAUUCCACAGAGGGACUCUGGUAGAGAGGGUGUUGGAGAGACUGACUGGGUUAGUAGAGGGUCCUAAUGGAUAUGACCAUAUUCCACAGAGGGACUCUGGUAGAGAGGGUGUUGGAGAGACUGACUGGGUUAGUAGAGGGCCCUAAUGGAUAUGACCAUAUUCCACAGAGGGACUCUGGUAGAGAGGGUGUUGGAGAGACUGACUGGGUUAGUAGAGGGCCCUAAUGGAUAUGACCAUAUUCCACAGAGGGACUCUGGUAGAGAGGGUGUUGGAGAGACUGACUGGGUUAGUAGAGGGCCCUAAUGGAUAUGACCAUAUUCCACAGAGGGACUCUGGUAGAGAGGGUGUUGGAGAGACUGACUGGGUUAGUAGAGGGCCCUAAUGGAUAUGACCAUAUUCCACAGAGGGACUCUGGUAGAGAGGGUGUUGGAGAGACUGACUGGGUUAGUAGAGGGCCCUAAUGGAUAUGACCAUAUUCCACAGAGGGACUCUGGUAGAGAGGGUGUUGGAGAGACUGACUGGGUUAGUAGAGGGCCCUAAUGGAUAUGACCAUAUUCCACAGAGGGACUCUGGUAGAGAGGGUGUUGGAGAGACUGACUGGGUUAGUAGAGGGCCCUAAUGGAUAUGACCAUAUUCCACAGAGGGACUCUGGUAGAGAGGGUGUUGGAGAGACUGACUGGGUUAGUAGUAGACCUACUGCAGCAACAGCCUACCUGGGGUUUCACAGGCAAUAUAUCAUUUUGUACAAAUAAAUAUGACAUUAUUAUUAGAUUUAGAGAGAUUAUAUCAAUACAAUGUUACAUUACAAUAGCAUUUAUAUUUACAAAAAUGAAUAAAUGAUAUAUUAAAUCUGUAC